AUGGCUCUAUGUUCUUACUGUCAAACCAUCGACUUCCGCAUUGUUGGAUAUUACCGCCCCGAGCUAGACUAUCGGGAAGACUCGGAUGCGACGGACGCUGGAUACCCAAUUGACGAAGAUGACGAAGUGAGAUCUGACGGAACGAUCACACACGCUGUAGGCGACAAAGAGAUCGAUGGAGACGAUCACGAAGACGACGCGGACAGAUUACAUCCUGAUGAAGAGCUGUCGACAGCCUCUGAAAAUAGCUCAGAACAAGGGCGCCCGGGCGACGAAUACCCUUCAUUACGAGAAGUCCUUGAUCGCAAGGAUGUUUGCUUGUUCUGCAAUCAAAUCUCGGCUCUCUUCAACACCUGGUCCCAAAGAUUCUGGCCGAGCCUAACACAACAUGAUCUAGAAAGCGGCCAAGCGUCAUUCUCUGGACACCUUUUCGGUGUUAUGGAUGCGACUGCACAUACAAGACACGAUGAUACCUUCUGCUUAGGAAACGUGCAAGUCACCCUCAACCGUUGCAUGGACGGUGCCAAUAUGCAUUAUCAGCGAACCAGAGAGCAUCCACCUACCGUCACAGAUAUAUGCGACCUGCUGGAAGUCUCCAACGGUAGUUAUGCACAAGGAGACCCAUCCGUAUGGCUGGACCUGGAACCAUAUUACGGCCGUAUUCGGCCGCCCGAAAUCGACUUCCGUUUAUUAAGGGAAUGGAACCGAAUUUGCGCCAACGUCCACGGAAAUUUGUGCGGUCUCACAUCGAUUCACACAAAGCGACGGCCCCGUAUGAUCCGCUGCAUAGACGUCGACGCCAUGUGUAUCGUUGACCUGCAGAAUCCAGAGGCCAAGUGGGUGGCGCUGAGUUAUGUCUGGGGCCAGCGAGAGUUCAAGGUGUUGAAGGGGACUUCGCUGGAAUCACUGCGAUGCCCGGGUGCCUUGGACCCUUCGUGGAUACCUGAUACCAUUUUGGACGCCAUCACCGUCACACGCAUGAUAGGUGAGAAAUACCUCUGGACCGACAGUCUUUGCAUCAUUCAAGACUCGCCCCAAGACAAAGCAACCUUCAUUCCCCUCAUGGACGUCAUAUACGGGCUCGCUACGUUAACAAUCGUCGCCCUCUCCGGAGAAGGCGCAUACGAUGGACUUCCAGGAGUUCGCGCCUCGUCUCGACCCUCGGCAGAAGGACCGUUCUUCGUAAAUGGGGUGUGGCUGCAGAAAGCCCCGCCUCCGGACGGGUUGGGCUUCACGCCAGCAGAUCGUAACCGAAGCAAGUACAUGACACGAGGAUGGACUUUCCAGGAGAUACUGCUAUCCCGCCGGCUUCUGAUAUUUACCCCAGAGGUGGUGUUUUGGGAGUGUCAAUCGGCCACAUGGCGCGAAGACGCCAAUUGGGAAAUUCUAGAUCCCGUGAACCGUGGCCUCACCCUCUUUCGCAACAGCGUUUUCAAUUUUGACCACGAGGGAAUCCAUGUUCCGAACGCUGAUCCAGAAUCGUUCAACCGGAUGUAUCAGAGCUUGAUGUCCGACUACGGUAACAGGGAAUUGACUUACGAUGGAGACGCCCUAGGCGCCAUUGAGGGAAUUUUAGCCUCCAUUCAGCUCACUAGCGGCUUCGGCUUCACCUGGGCUCUGCCGAAGUCAUUUCUUAACCACAAUGUCAGCAGUGUUCGCAGGCGCAAAGCAACUUAUACAAUAGCCACCAAACAUGAUACGAUACAGGUCCCGUACCCGAGCUGGUCCUGGAUUGGCUGGAUAGGCCCAAACUUGUUCGACGACUUGUUUGGCAGUCUGGCGGGGGAGCACGUCGGUCUGGAGUUUUACAUGCUGGACAGCGAGAAGGACCGGCUCGUCCUUAUUGAACAGAACCAGUCUUUCGUCAAGAUGGAGAGCGGCAACGAAUCCCACCGCAUGGCGCUGCAUACGUGGAAAGAAAAUCCCAUUCGUGAGGUGUCCAUGGAGCACGUCCCAUCAUCUCUCCUCGUUCCGGAGUUGAGACCAGUACUUUUGAUCUUCUGGACUAGUUGCUGCACCUUGCUUUUAGACCCGACUGUGGCAAGGUUGAAUGUACGCCAGAAAGAGAGAGAACGAGACGAUAAGGGGGGACGAAACGAAGAAGGAGAGCGUUGCGAUGGGGAAUACGAUGAAGAGUACGAGGACGAAAGCGAGGACGAAGACGAAGAAGUGUCCAACAGAGUCCACUUGUUAAGGGAUCAUAGAGGGAACACCAUGACGGCAGUGUGGGAUCAUCCCAAUCACAUGGCGACUGCAUCUGACGAAGCAGAGUUGAUAGUUGUCGGACGAAAUAGUUUUGGAUCUCGCAAUGAGUUGGUUGCUUAUAUGGUCGAGAAGCAGCCUUCAGGCGCGAGGAUCCGAGUAGGAGGUGCUAUCGUGGCCGAGGAGGAGUGGAAUGCUUUGGCCGGCAGAAGAUGGGAGCUAGUCUUUCUGAUAUAG